GCUUCUAGUGCUCACUGCCCUUCUUCUCUUGGGAUUAUGGGCCGUCAUGAUCCGGCGUAGCAGCUCCACUAGCCGGCAUGCCGGAGCAAUAGCUCCGUUCGUCGUGGAGAAGAUCGGCGACCCUGCCGUCGCCCAUGGUGUACUCGUGGAGGACGCGGACGCCUUCGCGAACCGCCCGGUCCUGCCCUUCUUCGUGGCCCUGGCCAACGCACGUGGUGCCGAACGCAGCGAGAACGUAAGCUCCGUGCCCUACGGCCCGCACUGGCGUGCUCUCCGCUGCAACAUGACAGCCGAGACGCUCCACCCGUCGCGCCUCGGGCUAGGUCACCUCGCGCCGCUGCAACGGGAAGCCAUUCAGGACCUCGUGGCCGCCCUGUCGGCCGGCGCCAAGGGAACGGUGGUCGUCCGAAACUACCUCUACGUCGCCGUGUUCCGGGUCAUCGCGCGCCUGUGCUUCGGCGGCGGCGUCGACGAGCGCCAGGCUCUGAUAAGCGCCAUGCAGUGUCUGGUGCACGACUUCCAGCUCGGCAUCGGAGAGAUCAAGCCCGUGCCUGUCUCCUCCCCGCUAGCCAAGCUCGCGCAGUGGAGGCAGCAGCGCCAACUCCUGGCCAUCCACGGCCGGAUGAGCGAGCUGUUGCUCCCUCUCAUCGCGGCACGGCGGCGGCAGCCGUGCGACGACGGCGGACGUCGUCCAUACUUGGACUCACUCAUCCAACUCCCCGUCCCCGGCCCCGAAGUGGCCGAGGGCAAGGACAGUGGCCGGCGCGCUCUCACGGAGGACGAGAUGGUGAACCUCGUACUGGAGUUCCUCGGCGCCGGCACGGGGUCGCUGGUCGUAUGCCUCGAAUGGACUCUCGCUAACCUCGUAGCUCUACCAGACAUCCAGAAAGAGCUCCGUCGUGAGGUCGACGCCGAGGCGGCCACUGUCUCCCCCGACAGGAGCCAGCUGAUCCGUGGCAUGCCCUACUUGCACGCCGUGGUUCUCGAGAGCCUACGCAUGCACCCGCCGGUGCCGUUAGCCUUCCGCCACGUCCAGACCGACGCCGCCGGGAUGAGCGUGGGUUCAGCAGCCGUGCCGGGGAACAGCGACCUGAUCGUGCAGUUCCUCCUGGGGGACAUGGGAAGGGACAGAAAGACGUGGACGGACCCCGACGAAUUCCGCCCGGAGAGGUUCCUUGCCGGCGGCGAGGCACACGGCAUCGGCCCUCUGCCGGGGCCCAAGGAGAUGAGGAUGAUGCCGUUCGGCGCGGGGCAUAGGUUCUGCCCGGGCGUGGGUCUGACCAUGGUGGUUGUCAAGUGUUUCUUGGCUGCGCUCGUGCGUGAGUUUGAGUGGGCGGCGCCCACGGACGCCGUCGACUUCACAGAGAUGGACGCCUUCUUCAAGACCAUGAAGAAGCCUCUUUCCGCACGUAUCACGCCACGCAACUGAUAACCCAUGCAUGCAUGUCUGUGUGUUCUC